AAUUUUAAAAACAGCAGCACAAUCGACGGUGGCAGUGACAGUAAAUUGUCGCUCAGUAAAUAACAAAAAUCAUAAUAUACAAGUGUUCAAUUCGCGAAAAGAAUUUGCAAACAAUUUGUAAAAGCUAAUUCUAAACAGUAUUAUUAACACAUAGCUUUUAAAGUUUUUGCGAAAAUGAUGUAAACAUUGUAUUGAAUAAACACAAAAUUCCGGUGCACUGAGCAGAAAAAUCAAUUCUAAAAGCACUAAAACACCGAAGCGCUAGUUAGCAGCAGUGGCAGCGGCAUAGGCAGCAAAACAUCAGCACUAACGUUAGCUUACCGUGUUAAUAUGUGAAUUUUUGUUAUUGGAAUUAGCAGCGCAGUGGCUGAAGCAGCGAUAGCAAAGCAAAAGAAGACAUUGACACCCACGCAGUAACAGAAAAUCACUUGCAUGGAAUUAAUGAUUGUCUGGUGUGUGUUGGCGUCAAACAUAUAAUCUGGUGAAAACAUUGUGAAAAAAAGGGUUUGGGUGCGUCGUGUGCGUAAAUCAGUUGCAAAGUCAAAUUAGUUGAGGGAAAAAAUUGCAAAGUAAAGCAAGAGCAAGCAGGUGUAAAUGCAGGUGUUGGUGCAGAAGGAAAGUGUGUGAAAUUCGAAAAACUCGGGCAGGUUGUUAUUCAUUCAUACAGCCGCACACGCAGCACAAGUCGUUUAGCAGGCGGCGCAAUCAACGUAGUCACAAAAACACGCGAGUCCAGUUGAGUUGGUGCAUACUUUGGCGGUGUGCCAAAACCGUAGUCUUUCAAGGUCGUCGGCAUUGAAGGGGGCAAUAACUAAAGCAAACGUUAGCCGUAUACUUGUAGUCAGCGUAAAACUACCAAAGUUAUUUGUGUGGCAAGUCAACGACGUCGUAAGUUUUAUUGGUUUGUGGUGACAGACGUUUAUAUUAUAAAACUGUAGUAUGGCUAUUAGUUUUGAGAAACAUCGCGCACAAAUUGUAGCCGCUUGGAACGAUGUGCUCGACGACAAAAGCAGCACUAACUGGUCACUUUACGGCUAUGAAGGUCAAACGAAUGAACUGAAAGUGGUGGGCAGUGGCGAAGGUGGCGUGGAGGAGCUGUGCGAGGAUCUGAAUAGCGGCAAAAUUAUGUACGCUUUUGUGCGUAUUGAAGAUCCGAAAACGGGUUUGAAAAAGUUUCUACUCAUUAAUUGGCAGGGGGAGGGCGCGCCAGUACUGCGGAAGGGCACUUGUGCCAAUCACAUACACGAUGUUGCUAAGUUGCUGUCCGGCGCACAUUUAACGAUAAAUGCACGCAAUGAAGACGAUAUCGAUGUGGAGCGUUUGCUUAAGAAAUUGAGCGCCGUUAGCUCUACGUACAGUUUCAAAGAGCCGCGCGGUGUGCAGGAUGAACAGAAGACUCCGGUGGGCACAAAUUAUACACGCGUCAUACCGACAAAGGAGCUAAAUCCCAGUGUGAUGCAGGACUUCUGGAAGAAGGAGGAGGAAGAGGAGAAACGGCGCUUAGCGGCCGAAAAGGAAGCGAAGCGGCAGCAGCUGCUCAAGCUUGAGCAAGAACAACGCGCACGCGAAGAGAAGGAGCAUUUGGAGCGAGAGAAGAAAGUGAUUAGCACGUCUAAACUGCAGCCGGCACAUGUGCCGAUCAAAACUUCACCACAACCACUUAGUCCCGAGAAGACUGUUGCCAGUAACUUCAAUGUCGGCAUAACUGAAGCAGAACGCAUGCGCCAACAGCGCAAUCAAGAGGCGCGUGAACUCAUCGGUUCGCGUGUCAUUGCUGCUAAAGCGAUUUUCACACAAAACACCAGUCAAGGCCAGUUGCAAACCAAAUUAAAUACCGCGCCACCUGCCAAACCUGCGCGCACGUCUAUCGCGCAACGCAUUAACGCCUUCAAUCAGCCACAGGCCACUGAACCGGAGCCGCGCAAACCGUCGCCUACACCCGGUAAAGUUGCACUGUCGAAAUUCGAGGAUGUCGGCGCCGUUAACAACACACAACAACCACAGCAAUAUGAGCAACAACAAACGCAGCAGCACCAAGCUGCUGUACACACCAGCACACAACGUGCGCCUUCACCGGCCACAGUCACCGUGCACACAUCCACUCUAACGCCAACACAGGUGGCAAUCGCUCCUGUUACGGUCGGCGCUGUAGCAGCCGCAGUAGCACCUGCAUUGGCCACAAACGCACUGGAAGAGGAGCAACCUGUCAAACCAGAAAUUACCGCAAUUGCCAAUAAUGAUGAUGUGCCCUCGGCAGCUGACGAUUAUGCUGCCGAAAAUGACGAGCAAUAUUCCACCAUAAAGCGUUCGCCGCACAGCAAAUCGAAUUCGCUGCAAUCGCCAGAGACUUCAUCGUCUAAUGCGACCGAUACGGCUGUCUAUCAGGAUCAAGAUGAUGAUGGUGAAGAGCUCGAGGAGGAGGAGGUUGUGCGCACAAAGGUGUCGGUGACGGUGCAACAGCCGCAGUCGGUGAAGAAUGGUCUGAGCAGCGCUCUGGACAGAAACGAUUUGACUGAUUUGGUUAACGAAGAUGACUUUAUUUGUCAGGAGUCACUGGGCGAUGUUGGGCUGAAAGCAAGAGCUUUAUACGAUUAUCAAGCAGCCGACGAAUCCGAAAUUACUUUCGAUCCGGGCGACAUCAUCACGCACAUCGAUCAGAUCGAUGAGGGCUGGUGGCAAGGGCUCGGUCCCGAUGGAACUUAUGGACUGUUUCCGGCAAAUUAUGUCGAAAUUAUUAACUAAAUAAAAAGGGAAUUAAUUAUAUACAUACAAAAAAA